AGUUGGCUGCGGUCAUUUCUGAUUCGUCACGCGAACUGUCAACAUCUUUUUUGAGAAAAGUGUCGGAAGCACUCUGUGAGCUGCUAUCAGGUUCGAGCAAAAAAAAAGUUAAUCUGCCUUUAAAAGUUUUUGAAACUUCGUUAAAAACGUUAUUAAAACAGUGUAGAUAGCUAACAUCAGCUAGGAAAGUUGGAAUUUCUUCGAAAAUCGCUAAAACCUAAUCGAUAAAGCAAGAUGGUGAUCGGUUUAGAUGAAAGCAAGACUGAGGAGUACGAGCAGCUGAACGAGAGCUGUUCCUCGGAUGAAUGCGAUGCUGGCCCAGCUGGUGCCCUUUCGUCCAAGUUCGACCGGACGGACACCUCGAUCAACACGAACCCACUUCCGGGUGGUCGAUACACGUUGAUCGGAAUCGAUAUCGAUACGACAGGCCGCAGGCUGAUCGAUGAAAUCGUGCAGAUUUCUGCCUACACGCCGGAUCACCAGUACUCGCAGUACAUAAUGCCGCUGAUGAACCUGAACCCGGCGGCCCGGCAGCGACACCAAGUCCGCGUGAUUACCGUUGGGUUCUUCCGGAUGCUCAAAAGCAUGCAGACGUACCGUGUGGUAAAGACAAAGACGGAAGUGUCGGCCCUAAAUGAGUUCAUCAGCUGGCUCGAGCAGCGGGCCAGCGAGGACGAAGGCUCGGACGGUGUGGUGCUGAUCUACCACGAGCAGCGCAAGUUUGUCCCGUACAUGGUGAUCGAGGCCCUCAAGAAGUACAAUCUGCUGGACCGGUUCACCAAGACGGUCAAAUCGUUUGCCAACGGGUUCAAGCUGGCCGAGGCCAAGUGCACCAAACCCAUCAAGUACUUCUCGAUCCGGCAGCUAUCGAAGCUGGUGCUGGCCGAAUCGGAAGCCAAGGAUGGCUUCGAGGGGGACGCGGCCUACCGGGCCCGGCUAGCGUACCAGAUCACCCGACGGCUGGCCAAUGAAGGAAAUCAGUUCUGCCCGGGAGAUUUGAACAACAGCACCAACGAAAUGACGCCGGAAGAGCAAGAUCCCAAUGCAACGACCAACACCAACACCUGCGAGCCAACCGACGAGGAAGGAAAUCAGCAACGGGACACCCUGAAGAGUGUCAGUUCCCAAUCAUCGGAAGAGAACAAUCUCGAUGACACGACUACCGAUGUGGAUGCCGUUACCGGUGAGGUGACAACGGUUCCGGCACCGCAGCCCCGGUCUCGACCUACCACCGAGGCCGAGCGCACCAAAAUGUGCACCGUGCUGUGCGAUCUGGCCUCCCCGAUUACCUGCGAAAUUACCGAACUGGACGAGCAGGAGAAGAUUCUGAUCCGACAGAACUCGUUGCGACCUGUGUUUUUGCAGUACUUUAAAACGACCAUCUACCACAGGGUUAAGGCGGUGACCUAUCGGCGAGUGUUGGCCGAGUAUGGUCACGAUUUCGAGUCACUCAAUUGCAUCUGGACCGAAACGAAGCGAGCCGGUCUCGAGAAGGUGAUCAACAAGAUUACCGAGCUGAAGGACGAUGAGCGGACCGAGUUGGUCGAGCUGCUGGAUUGCCAUUACGAUCCGGAGAAGCAGCAGCUGAAACCGGUCGUCAAGCGUGUUCGCCGUCGAUCGUCAAGAGGUCGCAUGUUCUUCGGAAACAAGAACAACAACUCUGGCAUGAACACCAGCGGUAACAAUUUCGGAAAUGGUGGUAACAAGGAAAAUCGGAAACCAGGAAACCGAUACAACCAGAAUGGAAACAAUAACAACAACAUUCAACAGAAGGACAUGAAUCAAUCCCAGAUGGGUCACGGAGACAACAUGGAUGGCGCUGGACAGAAGCGAAACCGGCAGCGAGCCCCUCGACGCCGCCGAAGCAACAACCAGCACAACAACAAACAAAAUGGUCAGAACUUUGACCAACAGCAGCCGCAAAUGGUUCCGGCUAACGCCUAAGCACCAUUCGCGCAUUAGGAGGACCGAGAGUAGAACGUAGCGCAGCAAAAGAAAGAGGUAGAUUUAGUAGAGAUUUCGUUUCCUUUCCUUAUUUUUCUCUCUUCAGUUUAGAUUAGUUUUCCAUAGCAAACGCACAUACACACUAACUAGCAUUAAGGGGUGAUAUUAGUUGAUAACUAAUCCUAAUAUUUUUAAAAUGUCUAUAUUUUACCAUUCCUUCAGAGAAGAACAUUACAGUUAUGUAAUUUCAACUUUUUUUUAUAUUUACAAUUUUCUCGAGCAGCCGAGAUGAAUGAUUAGUAGCAGAGCAUUGUUUUAGUGCUUUUGGAGAAAUUGCUUUUGGAUUUUUUUUAGCAACAGAAAAGCUACCCGCGAACCAAUUUUCGCGUUCGAAAGUCUUGUGUGUUCUAACUUGAGGGUUGAAAGUAAGCGCGCACUUCCGAACCAAAAGUUAGCACCUGGACCUACCGACGGAAAACCGGGAACCGCUUUUUUGGAUAAGGCUAAUUAAUAAAACGACGGGGAAAGGAGUUAGUACACAGCAUUUGAGAAGCAUAAGUAACACACUCACACACACCAUAGUGAAAUGUAACGGAAAUCCGGUGACUUAGGUUGAUGAUUAAAAUACCGAGUUUUCAGAGCAGAGCAGGAGAAAUCUAGCAGCGCAAUACUGUUUAUGGAUAGUUUAGUUGCGCAGAGAGCAAGUUACCAGAUACCGAAUGGAAAUUUUGAUGAAUAUUAAUUAGUUUUGUUUAGAGCAGCUGCCAGUGUAGUUAGAAGAAGAAGAAUGCUAGUAGCUCUCAUACGGGAAUGAUGAUGAAAAUUAUUUGAAUUUGUUGGUUUAAGAAAUGCGAACCCUCACUGUCUGUGACAUUUGAUCGGGAUCGUUUUGCCUAAAAAAUAAAGCGAAAGCAAC